AGACGUUUCCAAACUCCUUCCUCCUUCACAUGGUGCAUACUAAUUAUAUAUCAAAGAGAGAAAAAAUAAAAUAACUUUUCCUCAAGCUAUAUUCUUGUUGUUCUUCUGCUAAUAUAUAUUGACAAUGGUAACAAGUCAGAUCGUUUUCUCAGCCUUUGUUGCUUUAUCUUUCUCUAUGCUAGCCUUAGCAUUUGAUCUUAGUCCUCUUCAAGAUUUCUGCGUUGCAGAUACAUCAAGACCAGUGUUAAUGAAUGGUCUGAGUUGCAAGGAUCCAAAAACGGUUACAGCCGAUGAUUUUUUCUUAAGCGGAUUUCACAUACCAAGCAACACUUCGAACCAAAUAGGGUCAGCAGUGAAGCCAGUUACAGUAUCAGAAUUGGCUGGUCUCAAUACUUUUGGGAUUUCACUUAUUCGAGUCGACUAUGCCCCGAAAGGAGUCAACCCUCUUCACACUCACCCUCGUGCCUCGGAGAUCUUGACCGUUGUUGAAGGCAGUCUUGAAGUUGGAUUCAUAACGUCAAGCCCCGAGAACCGUCGGAUCACCAAAGUUCUUCAUAAGGGUGAUGUGUUUGUCUUUCCUGUUGGUCUUGUCCAUUACCAGAAGAAUGUUGGUGAUGGAAAUGCUGUGGCCAUUGCAGCCCUCAGCAGCCAAAAUCCAGGAGUGAUUAUAAUCUCUAGCGCUGUGUUUGGCUCGAAUCCUGAAAUGUCUGAAGAUGUUUUGGCUAAGUCUUUCCAACUUGAUAAAAAUGUUAUCAAUUAUCUUCAGACGAAGUUCUAGAAAUAAAAACACACGCAGGCAGUAGAAGUAGAAAGAGAGGAGUUUGUGUACGUGAUACCAAUUUUAAAUCAUUAUUACACCACACCAGCUUUUGGUCUAAUCAUUCUUGUGUACUUUUGUUAAAAGGAAAUACAUAUACCAAUGAAAACAUUUGGGAAAAUGCAAAGACUUUAAGGAA